CCUGGAUAUACUGAGUUUUGAAGAUUUCUGUGCAGCAUACACUAAAAGUUGGUGGGACAAAAAAGGGGCCACAUCACAUAAGAGUCCCCCAGCCCCGGCCCCGGCCCCUCAUCCUAGCAUGACUAGUGUACACAUUCCAAAUGGCUCCGCCAGUAACAAGCCUGUCCCGCUGGCCCAGGAAGUCAAGAAAAAGAAACGAGAGGGGCCACUAACUGAACAUGAGGCUGCGUGCAGUAUACAGAAAGCUUGGAGAAGACACAUAGACAUCCAAGUCUAUAACUACUACAGGGAUCUGAUCAACUUUAAGUGUAGAGGAGACCCGUCACUAAUGCUGAAAUGUAUCAACCCCAAUGAAGCUAAACUACUGGACCCAGCAUCAGGGGUACACAUCAAGUUUAGACUAGCUGGGGAGAGAUUUCCCCCCAAUAUUUACUAUAAAAUCUUCACCCAUCGCCCAGUGGUGGACCUGUGUGCCUGCAGUCCCAAGGACUACACUAAGGCUGGCGCCAAACAGAAACUGCCCAGAGAUAUACAUAACAAGGUGGACAGAACAGCACCUGAUGAUAGAUUUGAUCAAGAUGGCUGGUAUCAGAGAAUAGAGAACAAUGGCUGGCGUCUGGUGUCAGAUAGACUUAUCACACAUGCACUGAAUGACCCUGUUACCUGGGCAACCACCAAUAAGAAGGUUGAAUUCCACCACAAUAAG